UAAGAUUUCUAGUGUUGUAAACUGCCAGGGUUACACUUCUCUCGAACUGUUGCAGAGACAGGAGUUCAUCAGCUUACCGAAAACAGAACCAAGUGCGUUCUUCUCUAUUGAGGAUCAUUCUUGGAGAUUGGACCAGAUUUCCACUUCCGCCACGCGCGGUGGGUUUCAAAGGCCCGCGCGUCGCUAUCGUCAACCCACUCCGCCUCCGCAGACCACUUUCUCAACACCAGCUCGCACAAACUUAUGUCAAUCUAUAUAAUUCUUCUCUAAAGCUUCAGAUCAUCCCAUCAGCUGCUGAUUGCUGUUCUCCCGAGUGAAUACUCUCGACGCGCCUGCACCAUGCCUCCCAAAGACAAGUCUGCGGCCGAGUCUUCGGCCUCCCAAGAGAUCACCGGCCAGAGCGCUCUUCCUAUUACGCGGAUCAAAAAGAUCAUUCAACUCGACGAAGAUAUUGUUCAGUGCUCGAGUAACGCUACGUUCGUUAUCACUAUGGCUACGGAAAUGUUCAUCCAAUACCUCACCGAACAAGGCCAUAAUGUCAUCAAGUCGGAACGGAAACCGCGCAAAACGAUUCAAUACAAGGACCUCGCUACGGCGGUGUCGCACAUUGACAACCUCGAAUUCCUGUCCGACGUGAUCCCCAAGACAACAACGUACAAGCAAUUCAAAGAGAAGCGGGCCAAGGAGGCAAGCAGAGAAGCCGGAUACGAAAAGGGACAGCGCACCUUGAACGGCAGCAUACCUCCAGCGCCAGAAGGAAAGCCCGAGGCAGACAACGAGGAGGCUCAGCUGGGCUCAGACGACAAACUAUCGAGGGGUUCUCGACCACCAACGGUGACCAUGAUGGUGGAUCGAACGGUAGAGGCAUCGACGGAGGAUGAAGAUGUGGAGAUGGCCGACCAGUGACUGCGACACAUGAUCACACUCUGACGGAGCAUUGCAUGGCAUUGGGGAGUUCUUUGGGGGUCCGCUCGGUUUCAAAAUUGUUUGAUUGUGGUUUUCUUUUUCUUUUUGUUUUUCUCUUCAUUAUUGGUCCAAAGCAAUCGGACCAUUGCAUUCGUCGGUCUCUGGUCAAACGCAUUGGGAAUCUGGAUAAUAGCAUUGGACGGGACGGGAUCGGGACGGACAGGGUGACAACUAAACUAAUAGCAUUGCACCAGAGUCCAGCGCAGUGCAAUCUGGGUCAAGCAUUGUAUAUAUUUAUUAUUGAAUACAUGGCGCUUGUG